AGAUUUUCAGGAAGCUGUCAGCGUCGCGUAAGACGAUGUAUAGACUUGAGUCUGAAGAAGCUUUUCCGCCGAUCGGUACCGCUUCCAGGGGGCAGCGGCGAGCAGCUGCUGAGCCUACUAAGGUUUCUUCACGCGAACAGAAAAUGUAUGACGAAUCGAUUGUUGUUCUACGAGCCGUCAGAAUUGGCUGUUAAUCGCACGACUGACGAAGGAAGGAGCAUCUGUGAUCGUCCGCUUGAUGCUGGCAUUUAAAUCAUAACCUAGCCAGGAGAGAGAGAGAGAGAGAGAGAGAGAGAGAGAGAGAGAGAGAGAGAGAGAGAGAGAGUAUGAGAAGAUAGGGCGGCGAUGUUCAAGAAAUGUAAUACGAUAGCUAACCGCGGACACCAGACCUCGCAGUCAUGUGGUAUCGGCCUCCACAGCGACUAGACGUCGGGUCCUCCUCCAAGAUUCAUUUUACCCUGGUCGUUUUCGUAGUUCUCGCUCUAGCGAUCGUUCCUUUUCAAAUCAGCGAAUUCGGCGACGCCAUUCGUCCUGCGUAAUGGUGUUAAUCGCGUGAAUGUGUGCUCUCCGAUACCGUACGACUUUGUGCAGAAAGAUAAUACCUGCUUCCAAAGAAGAAGUCCAGUCUUUUUCUCGUGAUUUUUCAGUCACGCGCCGUAUACAUCUUUGGAUUGGAAAACCACACAAUGCUUCAUCGGAAUAUUCGCGUAGUGUUUUUUAUGCAAUUUCCGACAGCAGAGUAAGAUGGUCAAUUGAAAAUGUACGGUCUCGCAGUUUCAUUCCAGCUCGAAAAAUCGAAACAAGGUGCGGUGCAUUAUAGUUAUAUAUAAUCGAGGAAUUAUAUUUUCUUCUGAGGCACAACAGAAUAAGGGUUGUGGCUUCAGCAGGGGAGAAGACGUGAGAUUACACGAAUUGGGCAUCAAAGCGGACAGUGUGUCUGUGGGUGUGGGUGAGUGACCUCCAAGAUGGCGCUCGAGAAAAGGGUCAAGUAUGGGUACAGCGUGGGUCACAUUUUCAAUGACCUCUGCGCGUCUAUGUGGUUCACGUACCUCCUGGUGUACCUGCAGUAUGUGUUACAGCUCGACCGUGGCUUGAGUGGCUUUUUGCUGUUUCUGGGACAAGUUGCAGAUGCAGUGUCGACGCCGUUAAUUGCAAUGCAGAGUGACAGAGGUUGCACAUUCGGAUCGUAUGGAAGAAAAAAAUCGUGGCAUGUAAUUGGCACCAUUUGCGUCAUCCUGUCCUUCCCUUUCAUCUUCAUCGUCUGCUGGGUGUGCUUCGGCUCGCUGGGUCAAGGGUACGUCCUCAUGAUAGGUGUCAUGAUCUGCCUUUUCCAGUUCGGAUGGGCCGCAGUGCAAGUCUCCCAUCUGGCUCUAAUUCCGGACCUGACGGACUUGGAGGCGGAGAGAGACGAACUGAAUAUUUUGAGGUAUGUCUUCGACGUCUGCAGUGACAUGCUGGUGUACCUAGUAGCCUGGAUGGCCUUCAGCAAAAGUCGAACCGUUGAGGAGAAAACCGCCAUCGGUCCUGAGGAUGCUGGAAAAUUCCAGACGAUCACGAUCUCGGUGAUGAUCGUCGGAUCGAUCUUCAGCGUGAUCUUCCACGUCUUCACGCCCGAAAGGGGCGGGCGAUGGACAGCAGAGCAAGAGAGGGAAGUCCUGAGCACGGAGACCGUGGACGAAGUCAGGGCCUCAACAGCGGCUGGAGCCGAGGGAGAGGACGCCACUACGCGGCCAAUGGGCCAACUCGGUUUGCCCGAUUUCCGCAUGCAUUGGAGAGACUGGAUGAACGAACCCCAGUUUUAUAAGGUGAUGCUGCUCUACGCCAAUGCCCGCUUGGUGGCCAACCUUGCCAACAUCUACAUGCCCAUUUUCCUUCAGGAGUCAGUGCAUGCCCGAGAGUCAAUGAUAGCUCUCAUUCCUUUAUGUAUGAGUCUGUCAGGUGUGGGCGCGUCCUUCUUGCUCAAGGGUAUGAGGAAGUUCAUUGGCAAAAAGGCCUGUGUCGUUGUGGGCAUUGUGAUAGGCCUAGUAGCCGCCACUGUCUCUGCCCUGCCAUGGAUGCCUGAGUGGGCACUCUACUGCUUGUCCGUUUUGUGGGGAGUUUCUGGGUCCUUGCUUAUAGUGUUGUCUUUGGCCUUCACCAGCGAUAUCAUCGGCGUGAGGACGGAAAGUUCAUCUUUCGUGUACGGAAGCCUCUGUUUCGGGGACAAGAUCGUCAACGGCCUCGCUGUCUUUCUUAUUCAGGAACUAACCAGGACAGCGUGUAUGGGUCCUGACUGCUCUAACUACUACCGUCACGUGAUGAGUCUAGGAAUAUUCAUCCCUCUGAUGCUGUGCUUCAUCGCCAUGUGUCUCAUCAGCCGGGAGAGGCUGGGCCAUACGCGUAAACUUGCCAAAGCCUAUAAGGAACGCGAGGAGUCUUCCGGUUCCAGCGGUUCAUCGGAGUCCAGCGAGAUUCUGCUGUCCACCAACACCAACCUGGGCUAUGGAACCGUCACUAAAGUUUAGAUUCAAGGUUCAACUUGACGUCAAAUUUAGAAAGGAAACGGAAUUUUAAAGAAAAUAUUUAAUAGGGCGUUCGUGAUUCGAACGAAGAACGUAUGGGUUACAUAGUACAGUUUUCAAAAUAUGACCUUCCGUAUGAAAUAUGAGAUUAACUUCAAUAACUCAGAUGAGCAGCUUUUUAUGCUGGACAUUCUGGGUAAGCUAGUCAAAUAAAUGAAAUUGCAGGUCAAGAAAGAUUCAGUUCAUGGGCUGGUUCUCACAUUUCCCUCAAGAUCAUUAGGUUUUGUUGAACAUUUUCCUUUUACUUUUCACAUCUUAACUUUUAGCUUUGAGGUCAGUAAGUUCUGUUGCAAAAUCCUGUCAGUUUUCCAAGUUAAAUCUGACUUGUUUCUAGACCUCUCCGUUAUUUCUUUUUAUCCAGCUUUGGGGCUCAACUUUAGCUGUAAUAGUUUCCGUACCUUUAAUGUCAGUUAUUUAGGUUACUGAUUAGUGAUUUCUUCUUUAUAUAUAUUGCUUGAGAAAAUGACAUCGAGUGUUCUGCAGUUUCAUUUCCACGCCAAAGUACGUAGUUACCUAUCGCGUGGCAUAUCACAGUAGCUUUUGUGCUUACAGGUCAUAUUUCAUUCUUGUAUUCUUGGAAAUUCAUGAAAUUUAUCGAUUAAUUUCACUAACCCUUUUAAUCGAAUUACAGCGUCUUUUAUUUACUCAAAACAGUUUAUUUGCUUUCCUGUCUUUCUGUGCUUGUCAUUAUUUUAAGAAAAAUACACAUUUCAAACCGACUCUCUUCAAAGUAAAAUGACGUUAUCUGCAGCGUAAGAAAAUGGCGAUAAUAAAGGAUAAAAGAUACUUUAAACUAAAGUCACAAAAUAAAUAAAAGCAUCGAGAGACGAGGUUUUGCCCUUCAUUGCUCCAAUUUACUUUGAAAAAUCCAAACCUAACUUUAAAUUAUGUGUGCUCUGUGUCAGAUAGGCUGGCUUGCGCAGUAAGAAUGCGCAUAUGGAAUUAACGCCAAUGCUUAGAAACAAUUUGAAUGCUUGUAAUUGCUUCGGAGAUAACUUCUUAUUCUACUUAACCAAGAUCUAGUGGUAUUGAGGGAUGUUUUGUUUUAAAUAGAUAUUACUUCAUAGUGAACGUCAAGCUAGACUUUAAGAAAAGUUACCAUUCUGUCUCAAAUGAACUGGGGGAAAUCUUGUUGGGGAAAAUUAUACGAGUAGAAAUACUAUAUCCUCGUGUUUAAAUAUGCAAAGUCGCUACACGGUUCUAGAAAAAGUCAUUUAGAUAAUUUACAUUUCAGUUGGGCCUAUGUUACGUGUGCUUUUUUCUCUCUCUGUCUCUCUCUCUCUUUCGUGUUGUUAGUGUUUAGCUUAUAGUUUUAAUAACCAAAGGUGUGUUCUACUUCAACAGAGGUCCUUUUUCUGUUAUUUGUGUUUUAUUUUUAUUGUUGUUAUAUUUUCUCAAUUGCUAAAGUAUUUUGUCUAUUGUUUGGUAGAAUGCCUGGAAUGUUCUUGAAUAUCAAGGAAAAUAUAAAUUUUGAAAAAUGAUCUAUUUUUAUGCUGAUCUUGAAAGAUGAAUGUUCAACAGUCACAGAUUUUCUGCAGAUUAAAUACUUCGUGGGUGCCUACGUAA